AGAGGAAAGGGAGAAAGAGGAGGAGGAGGAGGAGGGGGAGAAAGUACGAACGUAAUGAAGAGAAAUGCAAAAAGGAAAGAGACACAAGUUAAACAUAUAUAAACAAUGCUGGGAAAGAUGUAAUUUGAGAGAGAUAUGGAGAGGAAAGGGAGAAAGAGGAGGAGGAGGAGGAGGAGGAGGGGGAGAGAAAGUACAAAUGUAAUGAAGAGAAAUGCAAAAAGGAAAGAGAAAUAAGUUGAACAUAUACAAACAAUGCUGGGAAAGAUGUAAUUUGAGAGAUAUAUGGAGAGGAAAGGGAGAAAGACGAGGAGGAGGAGGAGAACAAAGAGAUAAGUUUAACAUUCACAAGUAGACUGAGUACAUACAAGGUUAGUAGUGCCGUGAACAAAAGGACAAAACAAAGUGAGUGAAUGAGUGAGUGCGUCCCUAGAGAGAAUGAGGAAGACUUGAACACCAUGAAUGAACUCAACCACAUUCCACCGAGCUCAUCCGCCCUUUACUCAUCUUAAUUAUCUCUAUCUUAUUAUCUUUAUUAUUAUGUCCAGUGAAUGUACGCAUCAAUGGGGGAGCAGGUCAUCCAUAUACAAGGCUUACUGAGUGGACUUGUUAACCUGUCCGCUGCGAUUGGCACGGAUUUAGCCUUCACUGGUAGCCUGGUAACAUACACUCCCAGGUCUUUCUCUGCCUCUGUGGUGGAUAGUGGAGUGUUUCCCAUGUGGUAUUGGUGUGCUGGAUAUCCCUUCACUGGUAGCCUGGUAACAUACACUCCCAUAUCUUUCUCUGCCUCUGUGGUGGAUAGUGGAGUGUUUCCCAUGUGGUAUUGGUGUGCUGGAUAUCCCUUCACUGGUAGCCUGGUAACAUACACUCCCAGGUCUUUCUCUGCCUCUGUGGUGGAUAGUGGAGUGUUUCCCAUGUGGUACUGGUGUGCUGGAUAUCCCUUCACUGGUAGCCUGGUAACAUACACUCCCAGGUCUUUCUCUGCCUCUGUGGUGGAUAGUGGAGUGUUUCCCAUGUGGUAUUGGUGUGCUGGAUAUCCCUUCACUGGUAGCCUGGUAACAUACACUCCCAGGUCUUUCUCUGCCUCUGUGGUGGAUAGUGGAGUGUUUCCCAUGUGGUAUUGGUGUGCUGGAUAUCCCUUCACUGGUAGCCUGGUAACAUUCACUCCCAGGUCUUUCUCUGCCUCUGUGGUGGAUAGUGGAGUGUUAUGUCCCUUCACUGGUAGCCUGGUAACAUACACUCCCAGGUCUUUCUCUGCCUCUGUGGUGGAUAGUGGAGUGUUUCCCAUGUGGUAUUGGUGUGCUGGAUAUCCCUUCACUGGUAGCCUGGUAACAUACACUCCCAGGUCUUUCUCUGCCUCUGUGGUGGAUAGUGGAGUGUUUCCCAUGUGGUAUAGGUGUGUGGGAUAUCCCCUCCCAAGGUGCAGGACUUUACAUUUUUCUUCACUGAAUUGUAGCAGCCACUUUUUGCUCCACUCCUCUACCUUGGUGAUGUCUUCUGGUAGGAAAUCCACAGUCAAGGGGUUAAAUGUUGGUGUGUCAGGUGAUGUGUAGAUAACAGGGACACAAGCGAGGUAGACUGAUAUAGUUUCUGCACAGGGAACAGGAAGACAUGAAUGAAGUGAACAAUGACACAACUUGACACAUCACAAUCAGAGAAGACGAAGAAAGGAAAGAAUAAAGAAAGGGAGUAAGAAAGGAAGGAAGGAAGGAAGAAAGGAAGGAAGGAAGAAAGAAAGGGAGGGAACAGGAAGACAUG